AUGACGAUCAAAGAAGCACCCGAGCCACAGUCCUGCGAGGGCAUCCCCGUGGAAAGCGAAGCCUCCGCUCAACAGACUGAAGCCAACAGCACCCUCGCCACCUCCAUCCCACCCUCCCUCACAAAUACCAACUCAACCUUUGGCCCCCAAAGAUCGCACACAACACCAGUCUUGCAGCCUGCCAAACUUUCUACGCAGACGAAAGUUGCGAUUCCACGCCAGCGGGCGGGAAUUGCCCCACGAUAUAAUCGGCGGGUCCCACGGGCUUGCGAAUCCUGUCGACAGCGAAAGACGAAAUGCAGUGGGGAUACUCCCGUCUGCCGGCAAUGUAGGGAGUUAAGGGCUACUUGUAAUUAUCCCCAGGGUUGGAGGGAACGGACAAAAAAGCAAGUGGAAAAACUCUCAGAAAAAGCGCAAGAAUACGAAUCCAUGCUCAAGGAACUGGGUUUGGUUGUUGAGACCCGUGCCGCGGAACGGAUCAGGAGCUUGCUGGACAAGCAUGGUCAGGAGGGAGAGUCGUCUUCCCAUAAUUCACAGUCACAAUCAGCAACACCUCAGGAUGAUGCGCCCCCAGAUAAUGAUGAACCCUCUUCGCCUUCAUCCAUUGGAUCCCUCGAAGCCAUUGAUCGCGUAGAAGAGGACCACAAUCGUUCCGAAAGUACUAGAGCGACUGGAUAUAUGGGCAAGAACUCCGAAAUUACCUGGAUGCAACGUCUACAACGAGAAGCAGACCAACGCGCCCAAGGUCUCCCGGGAAGUUUAGAGCCUGGCGUGAAUCGAAAAGCAGACGACCAAUUAGCCCUCCACGCGGUCAAUUAUCAUCUCGACGAUAUGGAUAUCUCUGUCCCCGGACCAGUUCAACUAUACGCCAUGCCCUCUCGUGAAAUAGCAGAUCAUCUGUUUGAUUGCUACUUGACGACUGUACACCCAUUCUACCCCAUUAUCAACAGACCACUCUUCCAAGCGCAAUACAAGACGUUUUUCGAAAGUACGGCCCGGCCCGGUGACAAGUGGCUCGCAAUUUUGAACAUGAUAUUCGCCAUUGGAGCUAAGCACUCUCAACUUAUUGAUGCACCCUGGCGUGCAGGGGAAGAUGAUAAGGAUCACCUAAUGUAUCUGACCCGAGCUAGGAUUCUCAGUAUGAAUGGGGACGUUUUGUUCAGUCAUCCUGAUCUUCAGCAAGUGCAAGUGGAGGGCUUAAUUGCCUUUUAUCUUCUUGCAUCUGAUCAAAUAAACCGUGCAUGGAGAAUUUCAGCUUUGGCGGUUCGGUCUGCUAUCACGCUCGGAAUCAACAUGAAGAGCUCCAGUCCAACUACACCAGACCUUUCGAAAGAAGCUCGCUACCGAGUCUGGUGGUGUUUGUAUACAUUUGAGCACAUGCUUGGUAUUAUGACAGGCCGGUCAACUUGCAUUCAAGAUGGAGUGUGUACUUCACCUUUCCCAAUUCCGUUUGAGGAGGAUCAAUUGCACGAGCCGGCUGCCGUGGAAGUACUCACCAAUACGACUUUACGAGACGAACGUAUCAACAAUGUCGUCGCGAGUGUUUGGGUCAGACAGAUGCCACUCAAUCCCGCGAAUGGCAAGGAGGCCGUUCAUCAUUCUCGAGUACGAGAUACCACAUGGCUUAAGAAUUUGCCUCUUGGCUACGGACUUUGUUAUCUGUACUACUGUGACUUGGCAGUUGUUGUGCAGGAAAUUGUCAACAAAGUCUAUUCAGUAGAUUGUGUGAUGGUUCCAUGGGCACAUAUUGAGAACCGCAUCGGUGAACUUAGAUGCAGAACUGAGCAGUGGCAAGCUAGCCUUCCAAGCGGGCUUGAUUUCACUCGCAAGGGAGACGAUAGUGCCGACGUGCUCCGAUGCAAACUGACAUUGGCGCUUCACUACUACAGCGGACGGAUCACACUCGGCCGUCCGUGUCUGUGUCGACGUGAUGCAAGCCAGAAAGACAAGGCAGGUAAAUCGACCUUCAGCCAUGAAAUGGCUGUGAUUACCCUUGAAUCUGCAUGCCACAUGCUCGACCUCAUCCCCGAUGAACCAGAUGCUCUGCAGCUGUACCAGAUUUGCCCAUGGUGGUGCAUUCUCCACUAUCUCAUGCAAGCUACCACUGUCCUCCUUCUCGAGCUGUCAUUUGGUGUCGUCCACAUGCCAGACGACGAACAAAACGUCGCUUCUGGACGCGCCUGGCAGCUCUGUGACCUCAGUCUCCGCAAACUAUCCCAGGGCAUGAAAUACGAUGUCAGCGACAUGCCUUCAUACCCAUAUGCCUCUGAAGGCAUAGCCACCGCCGGCACCGGGCCCCAGGUAACCGGUCUCUCGGGUCCCAAUUCCGUUCAAGAUUAUUGGGGUCCUCAGCUGGAAAAUCUCUCCAACCCUGUCCAACAUGGAACUGAAACUCCCGGGCAGGAUAAUUAUUACCCAAACAUGUCCUCCGGGGAACUGCUGUCCUCUCUGGCUGCCGAGACCCAGGACACAUAUUUCCCUUAUGAUCCUAUCACUGGCGAAUUCAUGCGCUCUUUCUUCCCACAUGCUAGCGAGAAUAAUUGGGAACUGAAUUAA